CUUGUAUAAAUAGCUUAGUAAUAGAAUAGAAAUUUUAUUAAAUAACAAAAUGUGGUCGAAAGUAAUAGUGUUUAUGGCGGUAAGCUGUUUAAUAUGGGCAAAUAUGGCGCAAGCCUAUCCUCAAGGUAAGGGUCAGGGAAAUGGAUCCUGUGGUCCACCACCUAGUGGACCACCACCCAGUGGUCCUCCACCAAGUGGCAUGCCUCCUCCUAAUGGUCAAGGUGGUCCCUGUGGUCCCCCUCCUAAUGGUGUUCCACCUAGUGGUGCUCCACCAGCAGCCACCACCCCAGCCUCCUCAGGUUAAUAACAUUUAAAUGGCCAAGUCUGUUUUUUGUAAAUUUUGUCUAAUACAUUUGUUUUGGGCUCUACUAAAUGUCUGUGUAUUAAUUUUAAUACGAAAACACAAACGAAAACAAAAAAAUACAUGAAAACCAAAAAUAACAUUAAAAUGUUAUUCAAAUGUUUUACAUAUGACUAAAAUUUUAUUACUAGUAUUAGUUGUAGUUGGAUAUAUUUUUUGGAUUUAUACCAGUAGUUUGUUUAUCUACCGCAGUAAUAAAUUUUCAUGUUAAUUAUUUAGUAUAAAAGCAAAAAACUAUACACAUAUAAUAAAUAGGAUAAUACC